AUGACGAGAGAGAAUGACUCGGUGCAGCCGCUGGAACAAUGGCUGAUCCAGGAAGAGAAGCAAAAGCAUGGCGCUCACGACCCCACCCCACGGGGAGUGUCCUUCACAGAGGUCAAUGUGAACGGAUAUACGGAAACUCAUGCAUUCCAGCACACUUUCGCUAGCUACAUCCAGCUCAUCCCAUCCAAGCUUAAGGGUUUGGUGGGUUUUCCAGUACCCCGACGAAAGGUGCAGAUCUUGAGGGAUCUAGAUGGCUUGGUCCAACCGGGUGAGAUGCUGUUAGUCCUUGGUCGUCCAGGGAGCGGCUGCACCACCUUCCUAAAGACCAUGUCUGGCUAUGUCAACGGAGUAGAGGUAGAGGAAAAGGGAAAGGGGAAAGGAAUCAUGUAUGAUGAAAUCCCAUUUCGUGAAAUGCACCAAAAAUACUGGGCGGACACGAUUUAUCUCGCCGAAGACGAUAUCCACCUGCCUGAGUUGACGCUCGAGGAAACCUUGACCUUCGCAGCGGAAAUGAGACCCCACGCCCAAUCGACUGAGACCGUCAGUCACCAAAUUGCCUCAAUCUACGGGAUGCAGCGCUCUCUGAACACUCAAGUUGGCAAUGACUUGAUUCGAGGACUGAGCGGCGGUGAAAAGCGACGUACCAGUAUUGCCGAGGCUUUUCUCAGCCGAUGUCCUAUUCAAUGCUGCGAUAAUAGCAUCCGUGGCCUUGAUAGUGCGACAGCUUUGAAUGUCGUGCGCACAUUGCGUCGCAUGGCAGACGUCCGAAAGUCUACUAUCAUGACAACCAUUUAUCAAACACCUGAAUCCCUAUAUUCUCAAUUCGACAAGGUGCUCCUGUUGUAUCUCGGCCGUCAAAUUUACUUUGGUCCUGCCACAGAGGCCGCUGAUUACUUUCAGCGUCUAGGCUUUGUGCGACCAGAGCGAGCGACCACAGCAGACUUUUUGACUUCUUUGACCAAUCCAGUUGAGCGCAUGGUCCGACCAGAGCAUGCAGCAUCGUUGCCUCGAACCCCCGAUGACCUUGCUCGGGCAUGGCGAGACAGCCCAGAGUACCUUGCUCUGAGAAAGGAAAUCACCGAGUACAAUACCAAACAUUCUUCACAGUCGUGCUCGGCCUCCUCGUUCUACCCCACAAGCAUCAUGCACCAGUUUCAAGCUUGCUUCCGCCGAGCCCUAAUCCGUUCACGACAUAAUCUACAAGGCAUUGUAUCGGGAGUCGUGGGCAACGUCAUCGUUUCCAUCAUCCUGGGAAGUCUAUUCUACAACCUGAAAGAUGACACAGAUAGCUUCGAAACACGCAGCAUUUUAAUUUUCUAUGCGACUAUGAUGAACUCCUGUCUCCCCGCGUUCGAGGUUAUUACCUUGUGGGGCCAACGGACGACUGUGGAGAAGCAUUCUCGCUACGCCUUUUACCAUCCAGUGGCCGAAGGAGUUGCCUCCAUGCUUUCCGACCUACCAGUCAAAGCUCUAACCUCAUUCGGGUUUAACGUGGCUGUCUAUUUCCUCACAAACCUCCGGCGAGAGGUCGGGGCCUUUUUCAUCUUUUGGCUCUUCGGCUUAGUGGUCAUGGUGACCAUGUCGAUGAUUUUUCGAUCGGUCGGGUCCAUUUCGCGUACAUACGAUCAGUCACUAGCUCCGGUGUCAAUCGUAAUCUUCAACUUCAUUAUAUACGCUGGAUUCGUGAUUCCUCCAAGCGAUCAGGUACCGUGGUUGAGCUGGAUCCGAUACUUCAACCCGAUCGCCUACGCCAAUGAAAGCCUCAUGAUCAACGAAUUUCAGAAACGCAGGUUCUCGUGCUCCUCGUUCGUUCCCUCAGGGCCUUCCUACCCAGAUAGCUUAGAUGAGAAGACCUGUUCCGCGAUUGGAAGUGUCGCAGGGCAGUCUUGGGUAGAUGGGAAUCAAUAUCUGCAGCUGAAGUACGGGUAUUUGGUCGAGCAUUUAUGGCGAAACCUUGGUAUUCUCUUCGCCUUGAUGGUCGGUUUUUGUGCAGUAUACCUCGUCGCCACAGAAUACAUCCAGGCGCAGCGCUCCAAGGGAGACAUUUUGCUAUUUCGCCGAAAGGAUGCCAUUUCCCACGCUGCCCUGCCAGACGAAGAGAGUGUCGAAUUUGACUCCCUCCAUAUUAGGGAGAAAGGCACACCCGAUCUGCGCGUUCCUGAACAAGGGGAUAUGCCUAACAGUCUUGGCAAGCAAUCUUCGGUCUUUCUAUGGAGCGAUGUUGGCUACGACAUUAAGGCUGAUAAAAAAGAGGAAACCCGGAUUUUGGAGGGGAUCGAUGGCUGGGUGGUUCGUGGCACACUGACUGCCUUGAUGGGAUCAACUGGAGCAGGAAAGACUACUCUUCUAGACGUACUUGCAAAUCGUAAAUAUACAGGAACUGUUCAUGGAGAGGUUCGAAUCGAUGGUCGAGCUCGUGAUGGGUAUUUUCAACGCAAAACGGGCUAUGUCCAGCAGGCUGACAUCCAUUGUCCCUCCGCAACUGUGCGGGAAGCACUGGAGUUUAGCGCACUGCUUCGUCAACCUCGGGAGCUAGCAAGAUCUGAGAAGCUGGCUUAUGUGGACACAGUACUGCAGAUGCUGGAGAUGGAGGCUUACGCAGAUGCAAUUGUCGGUGUUCCUGGGAAGGGUCUCAAUAUUGAACAAAGGAAACGGUUGACAAUUGCUGUGGAAAUGGCCGCCCGCCCCGAACUCCUUUUCCUCGAUGAACCUACGUCUGGGCUGGAUAGUCAGACGGCAUGGUCUAUAUGCACGCUUUUACGCAAGCUGUCGGAUAAUGGCCAGCCUAUUCUGUGCACUAUUCAUCAACCUUCCAGUGAGCUGUUUGAAAUGUUCGAUCGGCUCCUUUUUCUUCAGGCUGGAAAGACGGUUUACUUUGGGGAUCUAGGUCGUUCCGCUUCAACAGUCAUCGAUUAUUUUACUCGCUCAGGAGCUCGCAUUCCUGCUCUUGGAGAAAAUCCUGCAGAAUGGCUCCUCGAAGUGACGGGGACCUCGCCACCCAAGGGCACAGAGGAUUGGAGAACCGUAUGGGAAACUAGUCAAGAGGCUGAAACGUCCAAGACCGAGAUCGCUGCCAUGAAGCGGAACGCUUGUUCGACCUCAGCUGCCGUGACAGAGGACUAUGAAUACGCAGCUUCAGCUUUGACACAGUUGUGGGUGGUCACCUACCGCAUGUUUCAAGACUACUGGAGAGAACCGAACUACCUGUACUCAAAAUUGGCUCUAUGUAUUGGCUCCGCACUCUUCAACGGCCUUUCUUUUUGGAUGCUGGACCAUACCGUCCAAGGCCUUACCAGCUCCAUCUUCUCAUGUUUCCUCAUCUCCAUCAUCUUCAACACCGUCGACCAACAGAUCAUCCCUCGUUUUAUCGAUAACCGGGAGAUCUUUGAAGCCAGGGAACGACAAUCGAAAACAUACAGUUGGCCCAUUUUCGUUGCAGCAAACAUGAUAGUCGAACUAGUUUGGCAGUCACUCACUGCUGUCCCUGUCUUUGUGGCAUGGUACUACCCAACCGGAUUCUGGCGCAGCGGGCUGAACGCAACCAGCGAUGCCAUCGGUAUGAACGAACGAGCCGGCCUAACCUUCCUCAUAAUUUGGCUUUUCCUAGCCUUUACCUCAACUUUCUCUCAGGCUCUUGCCGCCGGCAUGCCAGACUCCCUUACAGCUGUCAACAUCGCUAACUUGAUGUUUAUGCUUUGCCUCAUCUUCUGCGGUAUUCUCGUUCAGCCCAAUGCAAUGCCCAGUUUCUGGUUAUUCAUGUAUCGCGUCAGCCCAAUGACAUACAUUAUGGGCGGGAUGAUCAAGGCGGGGCUAGCUGAUACACCACUCAAUUGUGCCUCGAUCGAUUUGCUGCGGAUUCCUUUGCCAACGCAGAACGGAACCACAGUAUCUUGCGGAAGCUACCUAGCGAAGUAUGUUAGCAUGGCUGGUGGGCGGGUCUUGAAUGCUGAAACUGCAGUGUCGGGUGAAGAUUGUCUCUUCUGCGCCGUCACAGACACAAAUACCACACUCCAGGGGAUGCACAUUGAUGUUCGGACUCGUUGGCGUGAUUUGGGGUUAUUGGCAGUUUUCGUAGUCGUGAAUAUCUUCGGCGUGUUCUUCUUUUACUGGGUGACCAAAGGACGAAAUAGAAGGGAUGGGAAGGAGGAACGAAGUUGA